GCAGUAUGAUGUGAGAGCGGGACCAUGGACUUUUCUCGGCUUCACAUGUACACCCCUCCCCAGUGUGUGCCGGAGAACACGGGCUACACAUACGCGCUCAGUUCAAGUUAUUCUUCUGAUGCUCUGGAUUUUGAGACUGAACACAAAUUGGAUCCCGUAUUUGAUUCUCCGAGGAUGUCCCGCCGGAGUUUGCGCGUGGUCACAACACAGACCACAGGGGAUGGCCAGGCUGUGGAUGCUCAUUCCUGCAUCGGCAGUGCUGUCUCCCUCAAGGACAGCAUGAUCAGAACAGCAAAACAGCGCAGAAGUGCAAACAAACUGGCUUUGAGUAUCAACCAUGUGUCAAGGAAGGUCACAUCCUCAGCUGUCAGCCAGGGUGGUGCCCUCAGUCUGCAGAAUGCUGCCUUUCAGCGGCCUCCUGUGCUGGACGAGUCUUUAAUUCGUGAGCAGACCAAAGUGGACCACUUCUGGGGUCUUGAUGACGAUGGUGAUCUUAAAGCUGGAAGUAAAGCUUCUACUCAGGAGAAUGGAGAAGUGGCCACUACCGCUGCUACUGUGCAUAACGGCUACACCUGCCGCGAUUGCAGCAUGCUGGCGGAGCGCAGGGACGCACUCACGGCCUCCACCUCUGUCCGCGGGCCGCUGACAAGGAUCUAUUCUAGGGAGAGGAACCAGAAGCCCGACCCCAGCUACUGUGGGAGGAUGCAUGGGAGAGAGCUGCUCAGAGAGGACGGCCAGCUUGCUGUGCACCGGGCAGCACUGUGCGAUGACUAUAAGGAGAAGCAGCGUCUCGAAACACACACAGCCACCCCCCCGCCAUCGCCGUGGCCACCAGCCUGGGCCAGGCUCCUGGGGCCCAUCUGCGCAUGUGCAGGUUCCUUCUUGAGGCAGAGUCUGCGCAGGAUCGGAGCCGCGGGAUGGCUUGUGUCCAGGACGGCGUGGCUGGUCCUCUGGCUGGCCCUGGCUGCUCCAGGGAAAGCAGCCUCUGGAAUGUUCUGGUGGCUGGGAGUUGGAUGGUACCAGUUUGUUACUCUGGUUUCUUGGCUAAAUGUGUUUCUUCUUACCAGAUGUCUUCGAAAUAUUUGCAAGUUUUUAAUCUUACUCAUCCCACUCUUCCUUGUGCUAGUAGGUCUCUCCUUACAGGGCCAGGGUGAUUUGUUGUCAUUCCUGCCUGUGUUAAACUGGCCAGACGUGCACAGGACACAGGGGACAGGUGACCCCAAGGACAUACUGCAGCCAGAGACCCCUCUACAGGGUGGCGAGGGGGCUCUUCCGUGGUAUCGGAUGAGUGACAUGGAGCAGCAGCUGGCCUCUUUGUCUGGACGGUGCCACCACCAAGAUGAGAAGCUCAGAGAACUGACCAUCCUACUUCAAACGCUGCAGGCUCGGGUGGACCAGAUGGAUGACGGCAGUGCUGGGCUGGUGGCGCUGGUCAGGGAUGCCGUGGGACAGCACUUGAGGGAGGUGGACACGGCUGGGCUGCAGGGCACCGAGGCUGACUUCAUGACUGUCCACCAUGAGCAUGAAGUGCGCAUCUCACACCUGGAAGGUGUUCUGGAGAAACUGACAGAAAAAUCCGAGGCUAUCCAGAAGGAAUUAGAACAGACCAAGCAAAAGACACUUAGUGGGGCCGGCGGGCAGCAACUGCUGGCCACGGUCAAGCAUCUGGAGCAGGAGCUGGAGCGCCUGAGGUCGGAGCUGGCCAGCUGGCGGCAUGUGAAGACUGGCUGUGAGGCGGCAGGCGCCAUUUAUGAAAAAGUAGAUGCCCAAGUCAGAGAAACCGUCAGGCUCCUGUUUUCUGAAGACCAGCCAGGGGGUUCUCUCGAGUGGCUGCUGCAGAAGUUCUCCUCUCAGUUUGUGAGCAAAGAGGACUUGCAGGCCACGCUGCGAGGCCUGGAGCUGCAGAUCCUGCGGAACCUCAGCCACCACGUGUCCGUGAUGAAGCAGGCCCCACCUGCCGAGGCCGUGGUGUCUGCUGUGAAGGAAGCAGGGAUUUCUGGAAUCACAGAGGCGCAAGCACAUGCCAUCGUGAACAAUGCCCUGAGGCUGUAUUCCCAGGACAAGACUGGGAUGGUGGACUUUGCUUUGGAGUCAGGUGGUGGUAGUAUCUUGAGUACUCGUUGUUCUGAGACGUACGAAACUAAAACGGCGCUGAUAAGUCUGUUUGGCAUCCCACUGUGGUACUUCUCUCAGUCCCCACGUGUGGUCAUUCAGCCUGACAUAUAUCCCGGGAACUGCUGGGCAUUCAAAGGCUCUCAGGGCUACCUGGUGGUGCGGCUCUCAAUGACGAUCCACCCGACGGCUUUCACGUUGGAGCACAUCCCAAAGACGCUGUCCCCAACGGGCAACAUUACCAGCGCGCCCAAGGACUUUGCAGUCUACGGGCUAGAAAAUGAGUAUCAAGAAGAAGGGCAGCUACUGGGACAGUUUAUGUAUGAUCAGGAUGGGGAGUCGCUCCAGAUGUUCCAGGCACUGUUUGCUCUUACUUCAGAGAUUUUCAGUCAGAACUCGUACUAG